AUGGCUUUGACGGAAUCUCAGUUUUCAACUUUCAACGUUACUAAAUUAGUUAAGAAAGGAAGCAAUCGUAGCAGAACAUCUUCCACUACUGGAUCUUCAAGUUCCACAAGAUCUUUCGGUGUUGGUGGGGACACACUUGACAUAUGGCCUCGGUUCCCCCUGAACCGAGGCAUAAAGCCUCCAUCCACCGCCAGUUUUAGGCAUCGGUUCUUUUACGUAACCGAAGCAGGUAAACUCUCCAAUGGUCAAGAUGUUGCAAUCAAAAGGUUGUCCAAGAACUCCCUCCAAGGAGAAAUUGAGUUUAAGAGUGAGGUGAUGUUAGUGGCCAAACUUCAGCACCGAAAUUUAGUUAAGCUGAUAGGAUAUUGCUUGGAAAGAAGAGAAAGGCUAUUGAUGUAUGAAUUUGUUCCCAACAAAAGCCUCGAUUUCUUCAUAAUUGAUGAAGUUGGGCGGGUACAAUUGGAUUGGGAAAAGCGACACAAAAUCAUAACAGGCAUAGCUAGAGGUCUUCUUUAUCUUCACGAGGAUUCACGUUUGACGAUCAUUCACCGUAAUCUCAAAGCAAGUAUCAUUUGUUUAGAUGCCGAGAUGCAUCCAAAGAUAUCAGAUUUUGGCAUGGCAAGAUUAGAUUGUGGAGUUCAAUGUUAG